AGAUCGAAAGAAACGAAUUGUGGAAGAAGAACGAAGGAAAAUUCCGGAGAAUCAAAUCGGGAAAGUAGAAGAACCGAGUCGGAGAAAUGGAAACGAAGAGUAACAACACCGAUGUCAACGCCAAAUGGGACGCAUGUCUCGAUCUCACUGCUCGUCGCUUCGUCUACUCUUCCCUCGGCGGCGCUUUCGCCGGUCUUCUCUUCUUCAGGAGUCCGGUUACAAGGUGGGCUUCGAUUGCGUUUGGUGCCGGAAUUGGUAUUGGCUCUGCAUACACAGAUUGUUCUCGUGUUUUUGAUGCAUCGUCUUCAACAUCAGCCACUUUAUUAGCUCCCAAGACUUCUACAGAGACUCCUGUAUCUCAGGCAGCAGAAGAGUAAAGGCAAUGAAGGAAGCUUGAAGGUAAAAACCCAAACAUUGAUAGGGUUUGAUACAAGAGUUGUUACAUUACGAAAUGGUUGUUUGCAGGACAAGGCUUUUGAGAUAUAUGCCAUUGUUAAAAAGCUUUUACUUCUCAGUGAGUUUUGUACACUGAUGUUAUUGACCCACUCAUUUUCUUUCGUCUUGGAAAAAAAAAAUUAUGUUACUUCUCUAAAGAAAGAAACGCAGAGCAAUAAUAAUUCCUCCGGUUUGAUUUGUUGCCUCA